AUGGUCAGAGCCAGCUGCGUUUGUGGGGAUUCUGCAUACGAGUUCACGGGGAAGUAUCAGGCCUAUGUUGCAUGCCGGUGUAUACCCUGCCGCAAGGUCUCAGGCGCUGAUCGGUCGAUGAACCUGAUUGUGCACAAGGAUGAGGUGACAAUCAUUUCAGGAACAGACAAAUCGGUAUCCAGAGAGGCCGACAGCGGCAAGGACUUGACAUAUCUGUGGCAAUACAAUGUUUGCGGUGGCUGGAAAAGAUCCGAAUAA